AUGAAUCCAGCAAACGCGACGGCGACGGCGGCAGUCGAAGGUGGAGUAAACGGAGAUGAGUACGAGGUGGGGAAGGCAUACGAGGUGAAGCUGACGACUGGAAUCGAGUUCAAGGGGAUCGUCUUGGCAUACGACUCUGAUCCAAACGUCGUCGUCUUCCAUAUCCUUUCGGAUUUAUUUUCACAAGAGGGAACGAAGCCGGAAACUGGUAAGUCGAUGACUACACGGACGGUGAAGGCGAAAUUUAUAUCCGAGGCGACGUUAAUUGGAAAGUUCGAAGAUCCGCUCGCUUCGAAUAAGGAAAAGCGUUUCGUUAAUCUCUGUGAACUCGAAUCGAAAGAGAAAGAAGCUAUUAGGAAAGUUGAGAGCAUUGGUGUUGGUGUUACUGCAGAGGCGCAAAAGAUCUUCGACGCUUUGGCUAAGACGUAUAAUGUACAGUGGGAUAACAAAGUCAUUGUGGUAAUGGAAAAUGUGCGUAUUAGUAGCCCUUACCAUUCUGAUUGUGUCACCGGAGGAACUCGUGCUGCCAGUGAUCAAAUAAAGAAAGUGCUGGAGAAGGUGAGAGGGAAGCUGAAACUCUAG